UUCAAUUCAGACAGUCGUCUCUCUAAGCUAAGAAGCUUAGCUAGCCUGCCAUGGCGGAGGAUAACCCUGCUGCAAUCGAUUCAAGAAGCGGUUUCUGCAAAUCCAAUUACACUUUCUACAGCAAACGAAAACCCAUUCCACUCUCUCCCGCCGAUUCUCUAGACAUCACCACCUUCAUCUCCUCCCGCCCCCACCACGGAAAUGUAGCCCUAAUCGACGCCGCCACCAGCCGCCACCUCACCUUCUCACAAGUAUGGCGCGCCGUCGAUUCCGUCUCCUCUUCCCUUUCCGAUUUGGGUAUCCGAAAAGGCCACGUCGUCCUCAUCCUCUCCCCCAAUUCCAUCUUCUUCCCCAUCGUCUGUCUCUCCGUUAUGUCCCUCGGCGCCAUCAUCACCACCACCAAUCCCUUGAAUACACCUCGCGAAAUCGGUAAGCAGAUCGCCGAUUCUAAACCCGUCCUCGCUUUCACUGUCCCCCAACUCGUUUCAAAACUCACCCAGUCCAAACCGGACCUUCCCAUAGUCCUCAUCGGACCCAACAACAGAGUUGAGGAGGGUGCAACAACAAGGAUCUUGACUACGUUGGAGGAAAUGAUGAAGACUGAACCGAGUCAGAACCGAGUCAGGGAUCGGGUCACUCAAGACGACACAGCCAGUCUUCUAUACUCGUCCGGCACCACCGGCGAAAGCAAAGGAGUCGUUUCUUCUCACCGGAAUCUAAUUGCGAUGGUUCAGACAAUCGUGAACCGAUUCAAACUAGACGCAGAGCAACACACGUUCAUCUGCACCGUUCCCAUGUUCCACAUCUACGGUUUGGCUGCAUUCGCCACUGGAUUCUUAGCGACCGGAUCGACGGUGGUGGUUCUCCCGAAAUUCGAUCUGGACGAUAUGCUGUCUGCGAUUGGCAAAUACAGAGCUACUUACCUCCCCCUGGUGCCCCCAAUCCUGGUGGGGCUCCUGAACGGAGCCGAUCAGAUAAAGAGGAAGUAUGACUUAUCGUCGCUUCAGUACGUUCUUUCCGGCGGAGCCCCUUUGAGCAAGGAGGUGACGGAAGGGUUCGUGGAGAAGUACCCGUCUGUGGGAAUUAUGCAGGGUUAUGGGUUAACCGAAUCUACAUCGGUAGGAUCGUCGACGGAUUCUCUUGAGGAAAGCAGGCGGUAUGGUACGGCAGGGAUUCUGUCGCCGAGCAUGGAGGCAAAGAUAGUGGACCCGGUAAGUGGAGAACCAUUGCCGACGAACAGGACCGGCGAGCUCUGGCUAAGAGGUCCUACUGUCAUGAAAGGUUAUUUCAACAAUCCAGAAGCAACAGCAUCUACUCUGGACUCUCAAGGAUGGCUGAAAACAGGGGACCUCUGUUUCUUCGAUGAAGACGGUUUCAUUUUUGUUGUAGACAGGUUGAAAGAACUCAUCAAGUACAAGGGUUACCAGGUUCCCCCUGCAGAACUAGAGGCAUUGUUACUCACUCACCCAGAUAUCGCUGAUGCUGCUGUCAUACCAUUUCCGGAUCGAGAGGUGGGACAAUAUCCGAUGGCAUACUUGGUGCGAAAACCUACAAGUGAUGUUUCAGACAAAGCUGUCAUGGAAUUCAUAGCAAAACAGGUUGCUCCUUACAAGAGAAUUAGAAAAGUGAGCUUUGUGGAUUCCAUUCCCAAGAACCCAUCUGGGAAGAUACUCAGAAAAGACCUAAUCAAGCUUGCUACCAGCUCUACAACAAUAUCUAAGCUUUAGUAUCAUAUCUAUAUGAUCCAUCCAUGUUUGGUUUGCUACACAACCUUGGUGUGAUCCAAGACUAAACAGGCCAGAUCUAUUCUGUCAUUUCUUAAUCAAAACCAAACCAAACCAAACCGGCCUUGUUUUGUACAGGCACAUAGUUAUUCAUUUGUAUCAGUUGGAUUGUGUAAUAAACUUUGAUGUGUGUGGUUCUUUUUAGUAAUCUUAAAUUUCAAACUAAUGUCCUCUCC